ACAGCGGAAAUUUUCACCUUUUUUGAACUUUUUCGAGAGUUUUGUAAUAAAAUAAAGGUGAUACGAGUAAAUCAGCAUUAUCUGCAACUUUUGCCGUUGUUCCCGCUGGAAAAGUAGGCCGGGAAAGUGUAAGAAACGUGGAAAACCGCUGCCCAAAAAAACACAGAGCCGAACUGAAAACCGCGAAUUCCAAAACCCCGGAAAACCGGAAGAAAAUCGGAUCUGAAACCGCCGUACUGAAAAAGAGUUCUCCGGCGUUUUCCAAAACAAGGCGAGUCUGGAGAUAUCACCGAUAAUGAGAUAAAAAUGCUGCUGAUUUUGUAGCCCCUCUCGUCGAUCCCGCCCGCAACGAAAUGAAUUACAAGUUCGACACGAGCGACCUCACCCGCCGCCUCAAGCGGACUUUCGACGGAAAUUUGUCGUACCGGAAACUGUUCCUGCUGCUGUUCGUCCUGGCCGUCUUUCUCCUGUACAUCGGUCCGUCGUUUCUCCGGUGGCUGUUCGGCCAGAGCGAACCGGCCAAAGGGGAUCAAACGAUGCGCUGUAUGGACGACCGGCUGACUCCGUUCUAUCUGCAAAAUCUGGAGUACAACGUGAACAUCCGACACCAGCCGCCCAUCGAACACGAACAUGACGCAGUUCCGUACGUGGGUAACGGUUGGUUCGGGCUGGAAGUGCAGACCGAUGCGCAUCUGAACAUCUUUCGCGGCCGUGCCCUGCUGCAGCCCGUCCAUUUUCACCCGAUCGUCAGCGUGGCCAGCUCGGGGCAAACGUUUCGGGAGGCGACGGUAGUAGAAUAUCUUAACGGCAUUGUACAUAGAUUCCAGUGUUUCGCCGAAGGCUAUUAUGCUUCUUACCAAUACUACGCCCACCGGACCUUGCCAUCCGUUUUUGUGCAGGAGCUGCAGCUGACAAACACGAAGAAUCAACUCGUGGACAUUGAUCUGGUUGUCCCUCGUAUAUCCGAUUGGCCAACGGCGACCGUUAAAAACAUUAAACUGCAGCACGGCUCCACCAUUCUGGAGUAUCAAGUUAUCUCGGGCACGGUAGAAGUUCCGCCAACGCCGGGAAGUACGGAGCAGAGCAAAGUUCGGGCGGUGUCGAUCGUAGCACGAAAGUUACCCCGCGUGAUAACGCUCAAGAAGCGAGGAACGACCAAGCUGGAGCUGCUGCUGACAAUAAACUAUUCCGAUCCCGUACUGCAUGACCAGCACCAGCUGCACAAGGAUGCCGUUGAAAAACAAGCCAUCGAUGCGAUGAACAAAGCGCUCGUGGCCGCAGAGUACGGCGAGCAUGGUUCCUAUAACAGCUUCAAGCGAGAUCACGUGCGAGUCUGGAAUGCGCUUUGGGAGACUGGAUUCCACAUCAGCACAUCAAAGGCGGAGAAUACACUGAAUGGCAACAACAUCAAUGCCACGAUGUAUGCCGUCGUGUCGAAUGCACGGGCCUUCGAGUUUGAGCAAUCGGUUACCGGUGCGCGCAAGGAAGAGAUUGCCCGCUCGCUGACCUAUGCAGAAGGAUGUUACGAUAGCUAUCAUACGCUUCAAGCAGAAAACCUUUGGCGCAAAAUGGGCUCAUUCGAGGAGCAGAAUGCUGUGGUGGCAUCGUGGAUGCUGACCUUGGAGAAGCAAGGUUGCCACAAUCUAAUCAAGGCCGGUGCAAGCGGAAUUGUGCAAGCGAUGGUACUCAGUUUUGGAGGAUUCCGUUUCAGCAAUCAACACCUCGAGUUGAACAUUCACCCAAAGUAUCUCCACCGGGACUAUGAUUUCCGGCGAUUGAACUACGGCAAUAUGACGCACCUUAACAUUUCCAUCGCCGUCCGGGAUGAUAAUAAAGCGGUUCUGUACGUUGCGCUGGAUCGCUCGGAUCGAAAUUACUAUGCCUGCGAUGCCGGUUGCUUGGAUGCCCCGAUACAGUUGAGACAGUCGAAAUUAACAUUCCCCGUUAAGCUGACCGAGCCGGUCACUUCGAUUCUCUACAUCACAUCGGACCGCAAGCACAUGGAAGACCUGAGACACGCCAUCCACGUGAAGGAGGUGGUCGAAGCGCCGGCCCACGAACAUCACGUGAUUGCUCUGCACCGACACGGCCAUCAUUUGGGCGGACUUCCUACCCUUUUUUGGGUAUCCAUCUUCGUGAUCAUCAUCGUAUUUCAUGUGUUUCUCUGUAAGCUUAUAGUGAAAGAGUAUUGCGAGCCGCCGGACAAGAUGCGGUACAGAUACAGCAAACCCUAGAUGUAGUCCCCGAUACGCUAUUUCCCCUUUACCAAGCCGCAUUGCCUCUCCCUUUUUUGCGCCGAGUGCUCCAGUGAACAGUACGUGCAAAUUUAACCUGACUUAACCUAAAGUAUCCCUAGUUUUUUCCUAGUUUUUGUUAAAUAAACGAAUAGUCCGUUAACUUA